AAAAAGGAAAGAAAAAACAAGAGAUCAAAUCGUGGAACUCAACGGGAGUCUCCUCGCGAGGUCGAGUGGACUCCACCACCUUCUCCUCCUCCACUCCAAGCCCACGAAUUCGGAUCAGCGCCGCCGCCGCCGCCGCCGCCGCCGCGGGAGGAGGGCUCGCCGAUUCCACUACUUCACUCCAGUAGGUGGCCAACGCGCGGGGUGGGAGCAGCAGCGACGACCUCCAAUGGCGGCGGCGGCCGUCUCCUCCCUCCUCGCCCCUUCGGGAUCCUGCUACUCCCCCGGAUGCCACAGCUGCUGGGGUCCCGGGCCCGGAGGCGGGCGGCGCCUACCUUCCCCGCGCCGGCGCCCGAUUACCGCCGCGGCUCGCCCUACUUGGGCAGUGCCGAGGAGGAGCAGGUUGGAGUGGGGGCGUGUGGAGGCUCAGAAUUCGGGCGCUCGCACCAGCUGCCGAGCAGCACUGCAAUGGCUAUCAUCCACGGCAAGGUCCCAUGUGAAUGUUGGUUAUGGGUCGCCGCUGGUGUUCCCAGGUUUGACCAAACCGGGGUCAAGCAGGUGUCUAUGCGUUGUUGGAAUGGUCGGCAAUGCAGGGAAUCAAGUUGGUGACGAUAGUGAUGAUGGAAUCAAGGUUACCAAUGAGAAGCUUCGUGCUGUUAUCCGCAAGAGCAAAGAGGUGUUGGAGAUCCAUCGGAAUCUACUUGAGAAGAUAUCGGCAUCAGAAAGGAAGAAGAUCACUUCAAUUAUAGAGGACAGUUCCAUUUAUAAUGAGCAAGAUCCAUUUGGUCAAAGAGAUAGUUCUUUUUAUCAUCUUGAUGAAGUUCCAGACGAUGAUGAAUUUAGCUAUGACCUACAGAUGUACCUUGAUAGACGUCCAGAUCAAUCUGAAGUUGUUGCAACUCAGGAUUAUGAGGCACAACUAAGUCAAAUAAGUGAAAUGGGACAGUCAGUUGCUGAGGGCACUAGUGAUGAUCCAUCUGCUUCAGCUGCUGUAGAUCUUAUCAAUAUCAUAUUGGUAGCGGCGGAGUGUGCUCCUUGGUCCAAAACAGGUGGGCUUGGAGAUGUUGCUGGAGCUUUGCCAAAGGCUUUGGCUAGGAGAGGUCACCGUGUCAUGGUAGUAGUGCCAAUGUAUAAAAACUACGCAGAACCUCAACAGCUAGGAGAGCCAAGGAGAUACCAGGUUGCAGGGCAGGAUAUGGAGGUAAUUUAUUAUCAUGCAUACAUAGAUGGUGUGGAUUUUGUUUUCAUUGACAAUCCUAUCUUCCACCACGUUGAGAAUGACAUUUAUGGCGGAGACCGAACAGACAUCUUAAAACGGAUGGUUUUGUUGUGCAAAGCGGCUAUAGAGGUUCCAUGGUAUGUUCCUUGUGGUGGCUACUGCUACGGUGAUGGAAAUCUUGUGUUCCUUGCAAAUGAUUGGCAUACUGCACUACUGCCUGUUUAUUUGAAGGCAUACUAUCAUGACAAUGGUUUCAUGAUAUAUGCCCGUUCUGUUCUUGUCAUACACAAUAUAGCACAUCAGGGUCGUGGCCCAUUAGAUGACUUCAGUUAUCUGGAUUUGCCAGUUGAUUACAUGGAUCUUUUCAAACUUUAUGACCCAUUUGGGGGUGAUCACCUAAACAUAUUUGCAGCUGGUAUUAAAGCUGCUGACCGUUUGCUUACUGUAAGCCAUGGUUAUGCAUGGGAGCUCAAAACAGCUGAAGGUGGUUGGGGUCUUCAUGGGAUCAUCAAUGAAAGCGAUUGGAAAUUUCAGGGCAUUGUAAAUGGCAUUGAUACAACUGAUUGGAAUCCUAGGUGUGAUAUCCACCUAAAAUCUGAUGGGUACACCAAUUAUUCUCUAGAAACAGUUCAGGCAGGUAAACAGCAAUGUAAGGCAGCAUUGCAGAAGGAACUUGGUCUCCCAGUUCGUGGCGAUGUUCCUGUCAUUGCUUUCAUUGGACGGCUAGACCAUCAAAAAGGUGUAGACCUUAUAGCAGAAGCAAUGCCAUGGAUUGCUGGCCAAGAUGUACAGUUAAUAAUGUUGGGCACUGGACGGCAAGACCUCGAAGAUACAUUGAGGAGGCUUGAGAGCCAACAUUACGAUAGAGUUAGGGGGUGGGUUGGUUUUUCCAUCAGGUUGGCUCAUCGAAUGACAGCAGGGGCUGAUAUACUAUUGAUGCCAUCAAGGUUUGAGCCAUGUGGAUUGAAUCAGCUCUAUGCCAUGAUGUAUGGGACUGUCCCAGUAGUCCAUGCGGUCGGUGGUCUUCGAGACACCGUUGAGCACUACAAUCCCUACGAGGAGUCCGGACUUGGUUGGACUUUUGAAAAGGCAGAGGCAAACAGACUGAUUGAUGCUCUAGGGCACUGCUUGAACACGUACAGGAACUACAGGACUAGUUGGGAGGGACUCCAAAAGAGAGGGAUGAUGCAAGAUCUAAGUUGGGAUAAUGCUGCUAAGCUGUAUGAGGAAGUCCUCCUAGCUGCCAAGUAUCAAUGGUGAUCAGUCCAAGAAGACCUCGACGGUUGUUCAGUCAUUCAUGACCGAAAUGCCUUUUUCUCGUGUCAGCUGCUCAGAUGCGGCCACCAUCUAGUUCCAUGGCUUACAUCUUCCUGUGAUUUGGAUGAACAGAGUUUUUUUGUCAGAUCUGACAUCAUUUUCAAGAAGGCACAUGAUGAACCUACUUCCCAGGUGAAUACAGCAGCGGACGAUGCCUUUGUUGGAAGGUGGCAAAACACAUGGAAGAUUCAGCCGUCUGCCAGCAUGCACCUCUGUCCUAAGGAGAGGCUCCAAGCCCCAUUGUGCGCUCUGGAGAGGCUCCAAACCACCAUUGUUCGCCCCUGGGUAGGUUGUUGAGCUCGGUUAGAUGCUUUUAGUACAGUAGAAUAGCAGAUACUAGCGGAUAGACUAGUUGAUAUUUCCCCUAUGCACCGAGUGGUUCGGUUGUACCUUAUUUUUUUCUUGGCUCUUGUUGUCCAGUUCUUCGAUCUUUAGACGAUUAGCGUCCCGGGAUUUCCCAGAUGACAUUGACAUUGAUACUAGUGGGAAUUUCCCCUGCAAAUUUACUGUCAGCUUUUCCAUUGGUCUGCAGCUAUGAUCAGUUAAA